GCUCAUAUUUCCGAGUAUUUCGAGUGAACUUGAAUGCGGGUUGAGUCUGGCUGAUACAACCCAGCGGCUGACGAACAUCCGGGUAUUCUGUCGAGAUGGUCAUGGCGGAGGGUACUGCAGUUCUCAGGAGGAAUCGGCCUGGAACCAAGGCAAAGGAUUUCUACAACUGGCCGGAUGAAUCAUUCGAGGAGAUGGACAGCACCCUGGCUGUCCAACAGUACAUUCAGCAGAACAUUCGAUCAGACUGCUCCAAUAUCGACAAAAUCCUGGAGCCUCCAGAGGGUCAGGACGAGGGGGUUUGGAAGUACGAGCACCUCAGGCAGUUCUGUUUGGAGCUCAACGGACUCGCCGUAAAACUGCAGAGCGAGUGCCAUCCAGACACCUGCACCCAGAUGACGGCCACAGAGCAGUGGAUCUUUUUAUGUGCCGCCCACAAGACACCCAAAGAGUGCCCUGCCAUUGAUUACACCAGGCACACGCUGGACGGAGCUGCCUGUCUUCUCAAUAGCAACAAAUACUUCCCCAGCAGGGUGAGCAUCAAGGAGUCAUCGGUGGCCAAACUGGGCUCCGUCUGUCGUCGUAUCUAUAGGAUAUUCUCUCACGCCUACUUCCACCACCGCCAGAUAUUUGACAAGUAUGAGAACGAGACGUUCCUGUGUCACCGGUUCACGCGCUUCGUCAUGAAGUACAACCUGAUGUCCAAGGACAACCUGAUCGUGCCCAUUCUGGAGGAGGAGGUGCAGAACACCUCGUCAGCCGGGGAGAGCGAGGCCUGAGAUCCAGCUGCUGCCAUACGGGAGACGACACACGCACACGCACGCACACACACACACACACACACACAUACACACACACACACACACACACACUACAGUGUAUAACGCCUACAUGUCCCUCCUCCACCCUCGUCACCUGUGUUUAUCUCAGAGGAAGUCAAGAGGAGCAGAGUCAGCCAUGCCUGCAGGGUUUUUAUUUCCUCUCUGUUCGUCCAAUCAGAUCCACCGGAGUCGUUUCCUGCUCUCACACUACUCCUCCGAAUUCAACCUUUAUUUUCCUUUUAAUCUUCUUUAAGCAGCUGGAUUUGCAAAAACUUGUGUAAUCAUGGUGACCUGUAUUGUUGACAAAGGCACUCACUGACAGCCCCGCCCCUCCUCCUCCCCCCCUCCCCCUUCCUGUAAAUAGCCCCCACUCCUCCUCCCUCUAUUUUAAUUCACCAUGUUUUUUUCUGAUGCUGCUUCACUCUCUGUCUGCUUCUGUUCUCUCUCGGCUUGUGUUUCCUGUUUUUUUUGUAGGUUUUUUUUGGGGGGUGGGGGGUCGUCUCAUAAAGUGGAUCACUAAAUCAGCCUGCUGGCGUUAAUAAUGCUAUUAAAUCACAAUGUUAGGUGUGCGGCUCGUGUGGUAGUGAACAAAGACAAACGUAACCUCUAGCUUCGUCCGUGUACUAGCAGUCAGAUCUUCUUUCUGAGUAUUUAGGAAGGCUUGUUGGCUAACUCUGAUCCUGCUCUGUGACCUGCUCCUGUUUUUAAUACUGUAUCAAAUGUGCCCGAUUUUCCGCCUGCUUGUUCACUAAAUCUUAACGUGUUUACGUGACGAGGCUGAGCUGCUGUAAGCUGGUUUUUAAUGCCGUAAAUGUUCGAUGAGUAAAUACGACGAGGGAGGUGGAAGAUUGGCUACAUUUACAGCACAGCCUCCCCCUCUUUACCCCUCCCCCCUCAUUAAGUUAUUUUGUGGGAGGAGAGUCUUGUCAAUCCAACCCACUUUUUUUUUUUUUUAAAUGGACUAAAAAAUUUUGUUACUGUUGACAUUUUCAUGAUGUCUGUUAAUAAAAAAGACCUAUUAUUCA